ACUCCGGUCCGGUGCCCGCAUCCCUCGGUCCCUCCUCGGCUCCUCCCCUUCCGCCUUCCCUCCUCACAGCCGCCGGCAAGCACCAACCCUUCCCAGCUAUCGCGCACACGCCGCCAUCCCCUGCGCCGUGCCUCCGCAGCAUGAGCAGCGCUGCAGCCCUCCACUGCCGCAAGCGCCGCCGCGACGCCGACGAUGCUCCCGGGGCAGCCUCCUCGACUCGCCGCCGCCGCCGCCUCCUCGCUCGCAGUCCGUUGCCCGCCGUCCGGUCCUUCGGUUUUCGUAUCGCGCUCACCAGCGCCCCUCACCGCCCCUGCAAACAUUGGCACGACGAGAGCACCUACUCGGCUCGCCUCUGCCGUUGCCACCGCCGCCGCCGCCUCAGCACCAGCCCGUUGCCCGCCGUCCGACCUAACAGCCUCCCCGUCGCGUUAGCCCCCUCCCCGCGCCGCCGCCGCAAUCUCCGCGUCGACUACGCCCGCCACCCCGUCUCCACUUCCCGCCGCCGCCGCAGCCCUUUUUCCAGAGUUAGCCGAUUCCCUGGCCUUCGCCCCUUCGCCCUCCGAUUCCUCCUCGACGCCAGCGCUUCAGCCACUCGGCCUCGCCGGAAUCCCGCUGCAGUAAACAUGGGUAACUACAUCUCAAUCUCAAAGCUGUUUGGGAAGACGACCAGCGACGGUGGCUUGGAGGUGCACAGGGAGCGGCUCGAGGGGUCGCCGGAAGUGGUGGAUCUCACGUUGGAACCGGACCUUGAACCGGAGAAGGUCGAUGUCGUGAGGAGGGCAAUUGGCGACAGCGUCCUUGCAUUGGAUUCGCCGACGCCGCUGGAGAAGAUGGCGCCGUUCCACAAUGAGGCCCUGGAGUGGACCAAGUGGCCUAAUGGAAGAUUGCAUGAGUCAAGAUUCGAGGUGAGGCGCUACAAGCUCAAGCAUACGAAACAGGAUUUUUCCGAAUUAUUUACACCUCUAACCGACAAAGAUAAAAGAGACAUUAACACUCUUCUGUAUGGUAGUGGUCAUAGUAACGAAAUCAUAGUGAUGCAUGAGCCUUCUAACACUGAGAUUACUAAAGAGAAACUUGAAUGCUUGAGACCCCGUGGUUGGUUAAAUGAUGAGGUCAUCAAUUUGUAUAUUGAAUUGCUGAAGGAGAGGGCAGAAAGGGAGCCCAAAAGGUUUUUGAAAUGCCAUUUCUUCAAUACAUUCUUUUACAAGAAGCUUACUUGCGGAAUAGCUGGUUAUGACUACCAGUCUGUCAGAAGAUGGACAACCUUCAAAAAGUUGGGUUAUGGACUUGCUGAUUGUGAGAAAAUCUUUAUUCCAGUACAUAGAGAUGUACAUUGGUGCCUGGCAAUUAUAAACAUGAAGGAUAAAACUUUCCAAUAUCUUGAUUCUCUUGGAGGUCUGGACCAUGAUGUACUGAGAGUACUGGCUAGAUAUAUCAUGGAUGAAUUGAAGGACAAAAACAACUUAGAGAUUGACGCCUAUUCUUGGGUGGUAAAAGCAUCAAACUGUCUUCCUUUGCAGCAUAAUGGGUGGGACUGUGGUAUGUUUAUGCUUAAAUACAUCGAUUUCCAUAGCAGAGGUCUCGAACCAUUUUUCAGUCAGGAAGACAUGGUCUAUUUUAGGAUACGAACAGCAAAAGAGAUCUUGAGAUUAAGAGUUGACUGAAGAAUGACCAUUGUAUGGCUAACAUUCUUUGACAUUCUCCAUCAAGUCAGGUAUGUAUUAUCUAGGACCUGAUUUUGCCAGAGUAGGGAGAAGGGAAAAAGAGAAGUUGGGUAAGAUGAUAUCGCAUGGUUAGAGAAAAGGUAUGUAUGAAUUGAGAAGUAGUUUGACUCAGUGCUCUCAUCCUUUUAACUGAGGUAGUACAAGUAACCGAACAUAGUUUGUUUGGUCCCUUUGACAUAAACAUAACAUAUGCUGUUGGAAACUAGAGCUAGUGAUUGCAUGACUCCAUUGUGAAUCUUCUUCAGCGUCAUGCAUUUCGAAAGAUUCUGGUCCUGCGUAGAUGCAAUAGCCCUGCGAUCAUACAUCCUAUAUAAACAUUCGAUAUUUCGAUGAUUAUGGACUCAAACUGGUCCAGAAAAAAAAAAGAUGGAACUACUUCAGACUUUAGGAUAAAAUCACAAAGGUGAAUCAAGGGUGUUACAUAUAAACACAUAUGCAAUUGCACUUGAAUAGCCACUACAGUUGUUCUAUUUCUGCAGCCAAGCUAACCUCUUACAUGUAAAUUCUAUCAACAGACGGUAGAUCCAACUUUAUUAUCAAAAGAGUUGUGAUAGAGCAGGAUCUACCAACAAACAAUCUUAACAAAUCGAAUCAAAUUUCCAGUUUCCACUGGUAGAAGCUCACUAUCUAGAUGCCCAAGAAUGCUCUGCACUGUGACUCCCAAUGCUCCUUAGCUAGGCGAACCCGCUCAACUCGCUCUGAUUGCAUUCUCUUCUCCCAGUACUCUGGACAACUGUUGGGAUAUUAACAACUGAAAGUAUUAGUAAUACAUAAUCACGAGAUGAAAAACAGAGCAGUUUUUUGUCGCUCGUUAAUCCUGGGAAGUUGUACUUGUAUAGGCGCACUUACCUGUGGCUCAGUAGCAUGUUGAGUUCAUCGAGGUGCACAGCAUCAGGAAAGACCCCUUGCUGCAAUGAAAGAUGGAAUGGUUAGCUGGGCAAUGUCCAAGUAUCGGCUCAUUGAAAUUAAGUAACAAUUUAUUUACCUGUCGACACAGGGGACAUUUUGAUUUGUGAUCUGCGGACUUCAGCCCAUCAACAAUGGUCACAGAUGCAGUAGAACAGCAGCACAAGUAGCAAAGUAUGUGACCACAGGAAAGAGAGACUGGAUCAAACACUGUGUCCUGCAAAAGCGAAAACGGAAAGAGAGAAUUGGACGAUGGACACUGCAACCAGCAUAUAUUGUUGCCAUAAUGGAAGUUUAUAGAGCAAAAUUGCACUAUCGUCAGAAAGUUAGCUCACCAAGCAAAUGGAACAUGUCAAGCUAAUGUCGACACGCAUAGAGUCAAAGAGGUUGCAUGAGAGCGUUGGUCUCUCGUCAUCGAAUAUGAGGGAACAGUCGCCAAAGAGCUCCAUUGCAGCCUUAUUCUUCUUGCUCCUUCUCAAGUUCAUUUAGAAUGCCAUCAGCUCACAGAGCCAUGGGGAUUGAAGUAUCUCAAUGUGCAAAAUCUGAGCUUGGGCUUUGAAUUCUUGUCCUUGCUUUGAGUAAUGUAUCUGCAAAGGAGUCACCUUUAAUUAAUCCUUUGUGACUGCUUAUUCAUAUCUAGUUAUUUUAGUUUGAAAUGCAAAUAUAGAUGGAUUUGUAUUUGGUGGAUGUAGCUCCUUUUUAGUCAUUAAAAAUCUGCAAUGCAGCCCAAAGGUACAGUUAUAUAUA